CCCCCCCUCCUCCUCCUCUUGUCUCUACAGAGAAAAGGUGCCGCGCAGGUUCCGCUUCGGCUCGUCAUUCAGCCGCCCCGUCCUCCUCGCCGAGGGCCGACGCCGCUCCCCUCCCCCUCCUUCCCUUUCCCCCCUCCCUUCUUCCCUUCCUUCCGUCGGUCCGUCAGUUGGGGUUGCGCGCGCGCGCCAGGGGCGCGGGCCCAAGCCUCGUCCCCCUCGCGCUCCCCUCACGGGCGUCUCGGAGCCGGACGGGUCCCGGCCUCCCUCCUCAUUCCCCGCCCGGCGUGAGCGAGCCCGGGGAGCGGCCUCCAUACCUCCGCGCGCGCUCAUAGACACACACACAUUACCCGGCCGCCUCCUCCGAAGCCAUGGCGGCGAGCGCCAAGCGGAAGCAGGAGGAGAAGCACCUGAAGCUGCUGAGGGAGAUGAGCAGCCUCCCGCCCAACCGCAAGUGCUUCGACUGCGACCAGCGCGGCCCCACCUACACCGACAUGACGGUGGGCAGCUUCGUGUGUACCUCCUGCUCCGGCAUCCUACGAGGUUUAAAUCCACCUCACAGAGUGAAGUCCAUUUCCAUGACCACAUUCACACAGCAAGAAAUAGAAUUUCUGCAGAAACAUGGGAAUGAAGUGUGUAAACAGAUUUGGCUAGGAUUAUUUGAUGAUAGAUCAUCAGCAAUUCCAGACUUCAGGGAUCCUCAAAAGGUCAAGGAAUUCUUACAAGAAAAAUACGAAAAGAAAAGAUGGUAUGUUCCACCAGAACAAGCAAAAGUUGUGGCAUCUGUCCAUGCAUCUAUAUCUGGCUCCUCUGCUAGUAGUACAAGUAGUACUCCAGAAGUCAAGCCACUUAAAUCUCUUCUGGGAGAGUCUGCACCGGCACUGCACUUAAAUAAGAGCACACCUACACAAUCUCCUGUUGUAAAUCGAUCUCAAGGACAGUCACAAGAAAAGAAACAGUUUGAUCUUCUCUCUGACCUUGGUUCAGACAUAUUUGCUGCUCCUGCUCCUCAUUCCACAGCCACAGCGAAUUUUGCUAAUUUUGCACAUUUCAACAGUCAUACAGCGCAGAACUCUGCAAAUGCAGGUUUUGCAAACUUUGAUGCAUUUGGACAGUCUAGUGGUUCGAGUAAUUUUGGUGGUUUCCCCACAGCAAGUCAGUCUGCUUUUCAGCACCAAAAUACAGCGUUCAGAACGCUUUCAUCUAGCUGCAGUUUUGGUGAAUUUACUACUUCCGCUUUCCCUCUCCAGGCUGUGCGCAGUAAGUUCCACCAAGGUGGGAGCGCUGGAUCAGUGAAUGCUAACUUUGCACACUUUGAUAACUUCCCCAAAUCCUCCAGUGCUGAUUUUGGAGCCUUCAGUGCUUCUCAGAGCAACACAACUGCAGCCAGUAAAGCUGCAGUGAAUAAACCGAACCUCCAGUCAGCAGAUAAAUAUGCAGCUCUUGCUAAUUUAGAUAAUAUCUUCAGCACAGGGCAAGGUGGUAGUGAGCCAGGAAGUGGCUUUGGUGCUGCCCAUACAGUACCAGCAGGUCCCACUGUGUCAGCCCCAAGACAGCCAAGUGCAUCUUCAGACAAGUAUGCAGCUCUAGCAGAAUUAGACAGUGUGUUCAGCUCCACAGCAACCUCUAGUAAUGCAUAUACUUCCACCAGUAAUGUUAGCAGUAAUGCUUUUGGAACAGUACCAGUGGGUGCUAAUACACAGACACAGCCUGCGUCAUCAAGCGUUCCUGCUCAAUUUGGAGCAACACCAUCCACAAAUCCAUUUGUGGCUGCCCCUGUAGCCGCAGUAGCACCUUCAACGAACCCAUUCCAAACCAAUAGCAGAGCAGCAACAGGCCUCUCAGGAGCAAUGCACUCUCAUAUAUUUCCUCAGGCUCACUUUGCAGCAACAUUUGGCACAGCAUCCAUGAGCAUGCCUGCAGGAUUUGGAACAACUGCCUCAUACAGUCUUCCUACUAGCUUUAGUGGUAACUUCCAGCAGCCUGCAUUCCCAGCCCAGGCAGCCUUUCCUCAGGCUGCUUUCACUCAGCAACCAAAUGGAGCCGGCUUUGCUGCAUUUGGACAGGCAAAACCAGUAGUAACCCCAUUUGGGCAAGUUACAGCUGUUGGAGUAUCUAGUAAUCCUUUUAUGGCAGGUGGACCAGCAGGGCAAUUUCCAACAGGAAGCUCAUCAACCAAUCCUUUCUUAUAGCCUUAUAGACACUUUACCUAAAAGAACUCUUAUGUGAUCACACAACAUCUCUGCGCCUCUUGCACUGUUGUCUUGUUUCACUGAUCUUAGCUUUAAACACAAGAGAACUCUUUCAAAAAAAAUAAAAAAGCCUGCAUUGUGUAUUAAAACCAAGAAACACCAGGUAAUGUGCAAAACAGGGGCCAUGGAAACAUCUUUUUAUCUGUGCGUUGGCAGGAGAAUGUUAAUGGUAUCAUGUAUUUUAAAAUUGGCUAAUAAGUUAUUGCAGAUACCACAUUCAUUAUGCUGCAGUACUGUACAUAUUUUUUCCUUAGGAAUUAGUUAUUUGUGCAUAUCAGUAUUUGUAACUUUUAACACAUUGUUAUGUGAAAAACGUUACUGGGGGAAAUAGAUCAGUCACUUUAAGGUGCUGUCGUAUCUCUUGGAAUGAAUGGCCUACAUCAUUUUAACCAUUGCUGUUUGGAGUUAUGAGUUCAAAAUUGAAGGUUUUAUUCAUUUCUUGAAGUGUUUUUCCUUUCCUAAAGAGCUCUUCUAUUUAUACAUGCCUAAAUUCUCUAUAAUGUAGAGGGAUACCUGUCUGCAUAAUAAAGCUGAUCAUGUUUUGCUACA